GCACUCCUGCCUCGGUCGCGUCGACGGGCGGCCGGGAUCGCGCUCCUCGCCACACUGACUCCGCACGCUGCCUGCACAGACUUUUCUCUUGCGUUUUUCGCCGCGCCGGUACCGGCGGGCACGUGAUACCUGUUUUUUCUCUCUCGCUCAACUGUGACAGCCGGGUGUCGCGUGCGAUCGCACUUUUCCCGCCACUUCUAGUGGAAAUCGGACGGCUCACAAGUUUUUGGCGCGAAAUGUGUUCGGAUGGUUCCUAGUGUCAGAAGCUAGAAUGACUGCACUGUUUGUUUGUGAAAAGUCGUUGGAGCUGUGUUAGUCGGUCUAGUAACUCUAAAAGAGUCGCAAUAAUGGAUGACUGGGAGCGGCACGUGACGCCUCUCCUGCAGGACAUGGGCUGUCCCAGCGAGGAUGCUCAGGACGACUUCUUUAACCAACAAGACUUGCUCGUGGGCAGCAGCGGGGCGGGCGCGGGCGGCGCGGCCACGUCGCCGGACGGGGGCUCCAACUCGGCGCCUCCGCUGUCGCCCGGCGGCUCCGCCGUGGCCGGAGGCGCGCUCUCCCCGGGCGCCGGCAGCCACGCCAGCACCCCCGCGGCCUCCUGCUGCGACACGCCGCGCCCCAUCAUCACCGACCCCGUCUCCGGCCAGACCGUCUGCUCCUGCCAGUACGACGGCGCCCGCCUCGCCCUCUCCUCCUACCCUCGGCUCUCCAGCGCGGCCGUCGGCGUAUACGGCACGCCAUACCCCUCCACCGACCAGAACCCAUACCCUAGCAUCGGUGUCGAUAGCUCCGCUUUCUACUCCCCAUUGAGCAACCCUUACGCACUGAAGGAGGGCGGCGGCGAGAUGUCGGCGUGGACGUCGGCGGGCCUGCAGCCCUCGGGCGGCUACUACCCCUACGACCCCACGCUCGCGGCCUACGGAUAUGGAGCGGGGUACGAUUUAGCUGCGCGGCGAAAAAAUGCGACGCGGGAGUCCACCGCCACGCUCAAGGCGUGGUUAAACGAGCACAAGAAGAAUCCGUACCCAACGAAAGGCGAGAAGAUCAUGCUCGCCAUCAUCACCAAGAUGACGCUCACGCAGGUCUCCACGUGGUUCGCCAACGCGCGCCGCCGCCUCAAGAAGGAAAACAAGAUGACGUGGGAGCCCAAGAAUAAAACUGAUGACGAUGACGACACCAUGCUCUCCGACGAUGAAAAGGACAAAGACGAACAGGACGACAAAAUCAAACCUCACAAAGAUGACGAGAGGAAAGGCGACGAGUUGCUUCAAGGGAUGCACCACCAGCUGCUGGGAUACGGAAUCAAAGAAGAGGCGAAAAGGGGAUCCGAUUGCGGUGUGCCGAUACCGGCGUCGAAGCCCAAAAUAUGGUCGUUGGCUGACACAGCGGCAUGCAAGACGCCGCCGCCAGCGGCGCAGCCAUGGCCGCAGCACGGGUAUGGCGCGGGGCCCGAGCGCGGCGCAGACAGCGGCUCCAAUGGGUUUGCGCUGCCCGCGACUGCGGCUGCCAGCCCUGCCACCGGCUCGUACGGCCGGUACGGCGGCUUCCCCGGCCAGUACGGCGCGCAGCACCCGUGCGUCCACCCCGCCGCCUUUCCUGACGUGCAGACUGACACGCCGCCGCAGACGCCUCCCAACAUGAAAGUGCCCAGCGUUGCCAACCCGCUCGGUAGCGGCGGCGGUGCGCCCUAUUGCUUUCCGCGCCACCAGCAAUCACCGCAGCGCGACCCCUACCACAACAACCACCACCCAGCAAACCAUCAGCCCAACCAACCACAUCACAAUGAAGGUUCGGCCGCGUUCAAACCCUUUUAUAAAAGUUCACUACAACACCCCAACGGUUUCGUGCCGGCCGUCUGAAAGCGGACCGCUCCACCGGCGGUAAAGUAAGUGAAGUGGGUCGCUGCGCCGCGUCUCGGACUCUGGGCAGUGUUCAGUGUUUCAGCCUGUGACGUCACGUCAUGGUGGUUUCGACACUAGGAAUAGCACUAGCCCUUUCUUAGGCUCAAAUGUGAAUGAUGGUCGUCGACCCAUUGUAAUUGUACCUACUUGUUUGGUGCAUUGAUAUGUAAUUACAUUGAUAGUGUACUUCGAAUCCUUAAAUGCACAGAAUUGUAUCUUAUGAUAUAUUGUAUUUUGUUAUCUGUACUUGAGUUAUGAUCUAGGAUUGUCGACUUUCGUCCUACUUUGUACUUAAAACGAAUCACUGUACGAAAUCAAUAUUGCUCAGUAUUUUUGUAGAUUUAAGAGUAUUAUGGAAGUAUAGGUAAAUUAUUUGUAUAUUUGCAAGGCUCGGCGCCGCGGCUCGGUGUGCUCGUAGCCAGGGCGUGGCCGCCGCUGGUACUGUUUGUUGUUUUACUAAGUUCUUCCAAUGUUCAUUUGACUAAAUGUAAUUUCAAAGCAAUAAGUUAUUGAUUAGUUCAGGUGCCAGACAGUACUUUUACUAGUUCAUAAGAUAAAGUACGCUCAGUACGUAGGCAGUAAGUGAAGUAUAGUUUGGUUUCGUACCCUAUAUCGUGAACUAUUGUUUAUUUUUGUUAAAAAGAACUAUAUGAAUAAUCGAUAAACAACCAUCGGUUCGGUUAUUGUUGUUGCCCUUGUAUAUAAAAUGUUUUGUAGAUUUUCUAUUUUUAGUUUCUCAAAAAGUGUACAAAGUAAUUAAUAUGUUUUCGCCACUUUCGAUGUUGUUGAUGACACUCGGAAUGAUCUUUAUAAAUAUUGUUUAAAAGUAUUAUUAGUAUACCUUGUAAAUAUAUUCAGAAUCACGAUUUAUUUUUAAAUAUUGUUUGCGGUCACUAGGGAUCUUUGGUCAACGUAAUGUGUGUUGUAUUUAAAUGUAAUCGUCCGUUUUGAAGGUAAAUGAGUUGAGACUUGAGAUAAAUAAAUGAGUUAUUUGAUGACCAAUCAAAUGUAGCACACAUUUGAUUGGUCAUCAGUCACAUACCCUCGCGUCGCGCGUCGCACACAGGCGUGACACGCUCAGUUCUUAUUGUUGUCGUUGUAAAAAGAAAGUAUAUUUUACUUGCAUGUUAAUAGUGCAUAAUAUUCAUUAUUACAUAAGCUACGAAUAUGCUCAGUAACUGGCGAAUAGAGCAUACAUUUUUAAGGAGUGAUAUUCCAAUAUAACAGGCUAUUAUACCUAUUUACGACCAGAACCCUUUUCAUAAAAGUCUAAAACAUUAAUGUUACUAAUACCUCAUAAACUCAUUUCAUAUUAUUUCUUUUUUUAACUUAUUAUACCUAAGUACAAGCUAAAAUGUCUCAGGGAAGAGUCGUCGCCUUCUGCAACCUUCAAUUUGAGUCAAGUCAAUUAAGAAAUAAAACCUGAGCAAAAGGUAUCAUCAAUGCUUCAAGGUAUUUAAAAUAUUUUAAUAUUUUACACGAGACAUGAGAAGAUACAACCAUUACUCCGGACAUGACUGACAUCAGAUAUAGAAUUAGGUAGUGAAAUUACGACACUUAUCCCUUUUACCAAUGCGCAAGCGUUUUCCAUGUCCCGAGUGAAUCGACGCAAACAACGAUUGAACUCGAUGUAUAAAUCGCAAACAACUCGAUGCUCUUCACUCUUAUUAUUAUCUAAAAGUCAUCUUAUUAUUCUUUGAGUAGGUACAGUGUUUUAUACAUCGAGCUAUUUCUUAAUUUAAAGGGGACAAAUGGACGUAUUUGAUUUUAUAGGGUCACUGACAUUAUUUCAAGUUAUUUCGAAGGCUAACGUUUAACGGAACAACGCAGAUAGUAAACAAAUUUCAACGUGACCAAAUCGAAUACAUUCGCUUAAUAUUAAAUGUUCUAUAUAGUUAUUUAUAGAAUAUUAUAUACCUAUUAAUUAUUAUUAUGAGUAACAUUAUGUAAUGAUUGUAAUUAAAUCUUUAUUUCAAA